AUGUCUGCUGAAUCAACUACCUUUAUUAUUGAUGUUUCACCAUCAAUGUUUCAAAACAAUAUUAUUCCUAAUGUAAUAUCAUAUUUAGAGUACACAUUAAUUGAUAAAGUAAAAAGAAAUAGGAAGACUGACUAUUUGAGUUUAUAUUUAGCAAACCAUUAUGGAUUCUCAAAAAAUUCUCAAGAUAUUCCCAAUAUCUUUCAAUUACAAGAAUUCACUGCACCGGUUACAAUGGAGAUGACUAUUGAGAUAUUAAAGAGCUUAAUAGGACUUUCUGCCCCCAAACUUGAAGAUGAAGAUGCUCAAGACUCUUCGAUGUUGCAAUGUUUAUUAGUUACAUCUUUGGAUAUCAAGGAUUACUUCGGGAAACGAAAAAUAAAUAGACAGAUUGUAAUCUUUACAGAUGAUAUAAAUGGAUUAGAUAUCACCGCUGAAGAACUAGAAAUUUUAAGAGAAGAAUUAGAAUCAAAAAUAAUUUUAAUAGACUGCAGUGGAUGUGAUAAAUUGACCUUUAAUGAAAGUUCUUGGGGUAAAACUAUAGCAUCUCUAGAAAGUUCUUUAUAUUUUACUAUAGCUGAAUUUUCAGAAUUAGUUAACUCUUCACAAAUAACUGCUGUAAAACCUGUCAAAGUCUUUACUGGUCUACUAAGAUUGGGGGCAGAUAUAUUAGCAGAGUCAAUCACAAACAACGUUGAAGAUAACGAUAUUAAACGUAAAUUAGAAAAUGAUAAGAAUAACGAGAAAGAUACAUAUUUAUCGAUUAAGGUUGAAGGAUAUCCAGCAACUAAAACAGUAUCAAACUUGAGUAUGAAAACAAUAUUAAAACCAACACUGGAGACAGAAGCCAAUAUACCGACACCAGUUCAAUCAGUGGUUGAAUACAUGAUAAAAGAUGAACAAAAAGAGGAAAAUGGAAAAUCUCAGGAAGAGAAAGAUAAAUAUGUUAAUGUGUCUCCCAAUUCUGUUUCAAAGGCAUUCAGAUAUGGGUCUGAUUAUGUUAUACUUCCAGCAGUUAUUAAUGAUCAAAGAACUAUGAAUAAUAAAGCUAACAUUGAUAUACGUGGAUUUAUGAAUGAGACUUCGUUGCCAAGGUAUUUUUUAAAUUCAGAAAGCAAAUUCAUUUUUUUUGAUAGUAGAAAUGGCAGUAAAAGUGAUGUGUAUAGUAUGUAUGCAUUAGUGGAUGUUCUUAUGGAAAAUAAAAAGAUCGCAAUUGUCAGAUACGUUCAGAAACAUAAUGGUGAAGUAGAAAUGUGUGCAUUAUAUCCAAUGGUGUCUAAAAUAUCUGAUAGAAAUAUUGUAAGAUAUUUUGUUCUAAAUAGACUGCCGUUUGCUGAAGAUGAGAGAGUAUCGGAUUUUCCUAAACUGGUCAAUAGACUGAGUACAAGUGGUAAACUGAUUGAAGAAAACAAAGAAGAAGAGGAUAAAAUUGAUAAACUGAUGAGUGAUUUUGUAGAUUUGAUGGAUACAGAUGAUAUGAAAAGUAUACCCAAUGAAUUAUACUAUAGACCUAUAGAUGGAUUAAGUGAUAAAACCUCAGUAUUACCAUUACCAAAUGAAAACAAAGUAAUUGAAAAGGCCAUUGAAAAUGAUCCAACUCUUUCAUAUGCGAUUAGUCUGUAUUUACAAAAAUCCAAUAUCAACGCAUAUAUUCAUAAUCACUAUAUAGUGAAAGGUGACAAGCAACAACCCAAAGUAGAUACGAUUUUCAAAAAAAUCAAUCCUCAUUUCAAUGAAACUAAUAAUGAAUUAAUCGAUGAUUUAAAAGACUUGCUAAAUAUCAAGAAAGUCGAACUUAGAGAAACAAUUGAGAAAGAAGUCAACCCUACUGAUAAUAUAGAAGUUCCGUCAUUUGAAUCAUUAAUGGAAAGAGGUAAACGUUGA